CGCUGGGAAGAGCUGGUGAGACCGGCGGGCCGCUGAGGACGGGGCGGGCGCGCUGGCGGGCAGCCCCGCGGGGCUCCGGGAUCAGGGACAGCCGAGUACUAAGUUCCUUCAGGCCUCGUUCCCGUCGCCCCUGCUAAACUGAUCCCAAUGUACCAGAUUCCACGGCUGAUGGGAUUACAGAAAUCCAUCCAGGAAGUUUCUGAGUGGAAGAGACGUCAGGUUCUCACACUCCCUGCGCAGCUCGGCAUUUCAGUCGGACAAUGGAAGAGCUUGUUCACGAUCUCGUCUCUGCACUGGAAGAGAGCUCUGAGCAAGCCCGAGGAGGCUUUGCUGAAACAGGGGAGCACUCUCGAAAUCUCUCUUGCCCUCUGAAACGCCAGGCCAGGAAAAGGAGAGGGAGGAAGCGGAGAUCCUACAAUGUUCAUCACCCAUGGGAGACUGGCCACUGCCUAAGUGAAGGCUCUGAUUCUAGUUUGGAAGAGCCGAGUAAGGACUACAGAGAGAAUCAUAGCACUAGUAAGAAAGACCACAGUGACUCUGACGACCAAAUGUUAGUGGCGAAGCGUAGGCCAUCUUCAAACCUGAAUAACAGUGUCCGAGGCAAAAGACUGCUGUGGCAUGAGCCUGACUUUGCCGUGGACAGCCUUGGGCACAGAGCCCUCCGCCGCAGGAGGAAGGUAAAGCGCAUGGCUGUGGGUCUCCCCCAGGACAUCGCCAACAGGAGGACACUGAGCCAGCUGCCUGAAGGCUGUAGAGAUCAGGACAUGGACAGUGACAGAGCUAACCAGUACUCAGAGUUUACCCGGAACAAAGUUAAGAAAAGGAAGUUGAAAGUCAUCAGACAAGGACCAAAAACCCAAGAGGAAGGAGGAGCUUUGGAAAGUGAAGAAAUGAGCCAGACCAAUAAAGACAAAAUGGAGCACGAAGAACAGAAAGUCUCAGAUGAGCUCAUGAGUGAAAGUGACUCCAGCAGUCUCAGCAGCACUGAUGCCGGCUUGUUCACCAAUGAUGAGGGAAGACAAGGUGAUGAUGAGCAGAGUGACUGGUUCUAUGAGAAGGAGUCAGGAGGAGCGUGCGGCAUUGCUGGAGUCGUGCCCUGGUGGGAAAAGGAAGACCCUGCGGACCUGGACAGGGACUUACCUGACCCCGUGUUUGAAAGCAUCCUAAGUGGUUCCUUCCCGCUCAUGUCACAUCCUGGCAGAAGAGGUUUCCAAGCUAGACUCAGUUGCCUUCAUGGAAUGCCUUCAAAGAAUAUUAAAAAAUCUGGAGGGGCUUCACCUUCAAUGAUGUCUGCUCCUGGCCCCGUCAGUAACAAGAGGAUGGUGCACUUUUCCCCAGACGCCCACCACCAUGACCACUGGUUUAGCCCUGGGGCUAGAACAGAGCACGGCCAGCACCAGCUUCUGAGAGAUAGCCGAGCGGAAAGAGGACACAAGAAAAACUGCUCCGUGAAAACAGCCAGCAGGCAAACAAGCAUGCAUUUAGGAUCCUUGUGCACAGGAGACAUCAAAAGGAGAAGAAAGGCUGCCCCAUUGCCUGGACCCACUACAUCAGGAAUUGUGGGUGAAAAUGCACAGCCAAUCGUAGAGAGCAACAUCGGGAACCGCAUGCUUCAGAGUAUGGGCUGGACACCUGGAUCAGGCCUCGGGCGAGAUGGCAGAGGGAUCUCUGAGCCGGUUCAAGCCGUGCAAAGGCCGAAAGGGUUAGGACUUGGAUUUCCUCUACCACAGAGUACUCCCGCGAGCUCUGCCCCCACAUCUGGAAAGCCUGCCUGAGCAGAGCAGCAAGGAGGACGGCCUGCAGUUUCUGUUCCCAUGCCCCAGUGUUGUAACAUGACCGUAGAGCUGUCUGGUUUGAAGCUGAGCUCCGCGUCGCCUCCAGCUAGCUUCUGGGCUGUGUAGAGUCCCAACCACAGUGAUAGAAAUGGGAUUCCUUCACAACUCAUGGUGCUAAAGAACAGACCUCGGGCCCUCACGUCCCCUCAUGAUUUCCAGCAGUUUCUAGACAGGAGGAACAGUUGGUCACUUAUUUAUUUUGAUCCUAGAUGUCAGUUCUUUCUGCUGCCUCGCUCGAAUCAUGCAUGUGUGUGAUGCCCAGACAAACUCGAGCACACCCGGUAGGCCGGAAAGGACCACAUUUCUCAUGAUGCUUACACGAGGUAGUUCUGUCCGCCCCAUCACCAUGCAGGGAGUCAGAGCACACCUGGGAAAGGCUUGCUAAGCUCGCAGGCCUUGGUGUGGCCUCUCGUGCGGAUAUGUGACAGCGAUGCCCAUUAAUUCUUUGAGUGUAGCACGAAUUCACAGUGGACAAAUAGCAAUCAGUGCUUGGCUCAGACAUUUGACAAAGUUAACCUCAUUGUCGUCGUCACCAGAGUGCCCUCAACAUUACGCCAGUGCAGAGUUUAUAAAUCUUACCUCAUUUAGAACGUAAAAUAAUUACUAAAAGGAAAUGUAUUUUUUUCAAUUGACGCUGACUGAGCUGUCAGCCCUGCCCUCCGAAUGUCUACCUCUUCCCAAAGGCUGGUGUUUUUUAGGGAUCAGCUCCAGGAUGAAGAAGAACGACUUAAGGUUUGGUCACUGAAGUAAAUUAUUAAACUCUUGAGUCAGUUUAUUUGAAGAUUUAAGUAGCUUUCCUAGUAACUGAGAUGACUAGCAGUGGCCUAACUCACUUCCCAAGGUACAGGAAAAACUGAGGGGACCUGUCAUUCUCAGAUUAAAACAUUUACUUUACAAUGAAGUGAAACGCUAUGUUCCUUCCAUUCCAUUUCUGGGUCAUUCACUUCGUAAUGCCAGAAAUGUUAAGUUGUUCUUGGUUCAGAAAAUACUGAUUUCUUCUAAUCUUCAUUAAAAACCAUGAUAAUUAUUAUUACUUACAAUGGCCUCAGUUGGUUCAGUAAAGGUUGAGAUAACCCAUAUAAGUGUAUACUUGAACAAACUAGUAUGAACUUCAAUUUUAUAAAUUCAAAGUAUUUAAAAUACUUUUUAAGGCAGUAGAAAAUGUUUCAGCAGGUAACAGGCCUUUCCUGCGUGGCCCCCUAUCAAAAAUGCACCCUCCAUAGUCUAACAAACAUUUGCAUUUCUUCUGGAAACGGUCUUACCGGGAA